UGAAUGCUUAUUUUGUUAAUUUAUGUUAUGUUACGAACUUUUGAUUUGUUUCUUCUUCUACUUACUGUUGCGGUAUGUCAAAGGUCAUCAGCUCCACACGCGGGAAUGCAGAUUUGGAGGACGGGACGCGCUGAGUCUGACGGGUACUACUUCUGGUACUAGGAUCCCUACAUGAUAUCAUGAGUACAGUGUCCUCAACCAAGACACCCCUACCCCCGGGGUGGGUGAAGUGCCAUUCCAAGAGCUAUCCAGGCUACUUUUACUACUUCAACUUGAGCACGAGAGCUCGGACAUGGCAGAGGCCAGUCCUGGAAGAUGAGACAAAAAGUCCAGAAGAACCGGAAAGCAAGCAGGAGAAACGAAAGAACCAUGACUCUGGGGUGCACUCUGACAGGGAGGACCAGUUUCCUACCAACGAUGCUGCCAGCGCUGUGUCCAUGACUUCACUGACUAGUGCUUCAGAAAAGGUGUCACAUUACUUCAGCUCCAUGUUAGACAGCAAACCAGGCCCAGGCAGCACAGCAACCCCUUCACAGGCGCCCUCAGUAAGGGGCCAGAAGCGCAAGAUCGAGGAGGAGUUCAGCGACGACGAGAGCAUGCUCUCCCUCGGUGACUUCUCUGUGUCCUCACUGUUGUCUCUCAAGAGCAAGAAGGAUUGCCCUGCAGUUGAGAAAUGGAAACCCCUGCCCAGUGAGACUCCAGCUGCAGCUACGUCAUCCACAGGACAGCAGGCACAGACAGAGAGUGAGCCAAAAACUUCGACAGGCAUGAAGAAACUGACACUGAAGAAAUUGCCACCUAAGCCAUCCACAGUGAGCAGGCCCCCAAGGUCUCCCAUCCAACAACAACAACAGCAGCGCACAGCUAACUCUCCAGGCAGUCCUUCACUGGUACGGAAAGAUGGGCCUUCCAACACCAGCAGUGCACCGGUUGAUAACGGUUUAGACCCCCUCCCCGACUAUGAUGAGGUUGAAGGCUACACUGCACCAGCCCCAAGCAAGGCAAACCACAAGCGGAUGAAAGCCUCCCUGCCUCCAUACGACCUCAGGAACAACAUAACAGGAAAGCCUGUAGAAUUGGUCAAGACAAAGUAUAGACCCAGAGGUCCUUCCAACUAUGUGAAGAACAAGCUGAAAGAAAGGGACCUGCGAGAAAAGCUGCUGAGUAAAUCCAUGCCGCCACCUAUGGGGCCACCUGGUGCAGGUAAUGGACACUUUGCCGUACCGAAGGCCCCAAGGCAAGAUGGCGUCUUCAAAGCGCCAUUUCCUGUGGGCCACAGACAGCACAAGCCCUACCACAGAAACCCAUCCUGGAGGGACCACAACGGAAACCACAACAGGCAGCAGAACUAUUAUAAUCUGGGAGAGGUCUCCUCCCUGGAAAUCACCAUGCCAAACCGCACAGACGAGAACUGGGGUGACAGCCUGACUGUAUGUGAGAGCCCCAAGUUCAGAAGUGGUGAUAUCGACAAGGUGCUGUGUACAGUGGACCAACGGGAUCACAGAAGAGUCGCUCUCCAAGGGGAGGCGAACGCUGCUCUCGGCGGGGAUCCCAACCUACCUCUAGAGAACAACGGAGUGCCUCAGGAGAACUUGGAUGACAUUGUAGAAAUGGACAUUGACAUGGACGUACUGACGGAGCAACGAUUGAUCAACGAGAUCCAGGAAGUUCGCGGGCACCUCUCAACUGAUGCGUCGGCCAGCCGUGGCACCCUCACCAGCAUGCAGGUCGUCCAGAUGGAGUAUAUGGAGACAGAGACCACGGGGGUGCCCGGGGUAGACGGGAACCUGCCUUUGUUUAUUGUGCUGGACACAAAUGUCCUGUUGAACCACCUGAAGUUCCUGGAUGAUCUGAAGGACCAACAGAUCAGCGGUAUGGGCAGACCAGUGCUGGUAGUGCCCUGGGUUGUCAUGCAGGAACUUGAUGCCCUGAAGUCCCAGGACAUGCUGAAUAAGCCAGGCCGGACCCUGAAGCUGGAGACUCAACACCAGGCAGCUCAGGCCGUCAGGUACCUGUACAAGUGCCUACAGAACCGCCACCCCAGGGUCAGGGGACAGACUGCACAGGAGGGGUCUGUAAAGCUGGUAGGCUUUAAUCCCGAGUGUAACGAUGACCGGGUGCUGCAGUGCUGCCUCAUGUACAGCCAGAAGUUCACCGGAGUCAACGUGAUUCUGUUCACCAAUGACAAGAACCUCUGCAAUAAGGCUGUCAUCAACGGCAUGCAGGCCUUCACCAGGGAGACCCUGAUGUCUGGGAUUAAGGCCAUGUACCCAGAGGAUGUUGUCACAUCACCUAUAGUUGCAGGUCCUAAGAACACCAUACCUGUGCCAGCGAAACAGGAACACACGAACCAGACAAGGAGUCCCCGUGCACAUGUGAGCACAACCCCACCCAUGGCUAACCCCUUGAGAGCCACGAGUCCAACCAUGGCUCCCCCCAUGAGAGCCACAUCCCCACCCACGGCUCCCCCCAGGGGGACAGAUCCUACCAGCCGCAGAAAACAAAUGGCUGAUGAUGUGCUGUGUGGUAUGAAGACACUGCUGAAGGCAGUCCUGGCUGUUGUACUGGAGACAGAGAUGAAAGCUGUGUUUGAGGACACCUGGAGCAUGAUUGUUUACCGCAAGCCUCCGUGGUCUCUACAGGAUCUUCUGCUGUGCUUCGACAAGCACUGGAUCGCUGUGUUCGGCAUGUUCCUGAGUCGGGAUGUGAAGGAGCACCUGGACAGCCUGGUGAAGCACUUUACCCGCGGCCGCAGCUACGGAGUGGACCUGCAGGAGACCCUGCAGCUGCUGCAGGAUGCCCUGCAGCUGGUCAGGCAGCUGCACAACCACAGCACAUAUGAUGGGAGCCUGCCUAAGGUGAUCUCUGAGCUGCAGACAGCACAACAGCAGUGUCAGGAGGUGCUGAGUGGGAACAUGUCCUGUCUGACUGUCAAACAACCUGCUGCACCCACACCUGCUGCCCCACAAACCACUCAACAACAGGAGCCGACCAUUGAUCCGGACUUUCCCAUGUGGACGACCUUUGACCUCAUCUGGAAGGCUGUCAGCUACUUCCUAGUGAAGAUUUUUGACGGGCUGGACUACAAACACUCCAUCCCCAGUGUGGAGAACAAGAACAUGCCGGUGGACCUCCCCUCUAGAUAUGAGGCAGUGAGGUUCAUAUUGAAACUCCAUCCACUGCUGGUCAGGGUGGUGCAAGACAUGGAAAACUUUCUGAAGUUGGAGAGAGCAGAGCAGCUCCAACCCCUGGCUACAAGUCUCUGCAACUCCAUCCAUGACUUCCUCAACCAACUGGUGUUCGCCAACAGUGAGCCCAACAGCCUGCAGUAUCCCAUAGUACAGCCGUCUGUGUGUAUGCUGACUCCUGAUCUCCUGAUCAGAUAUGGCAGGGACCCAAAUGCACAGGAGCGUAUCCGCAGGGGACUGCAGCAGAUGUGUACCUACCUGAACCAGCUGGUACAGUGUGCGAAUUUCAUCUAUCCUGAGGCCAGCAAGAACAACUGGUUACAAUAGGCAGCUCUAAGAACCAAACUCUUUAAGUACUUAAAGAAACACAUGUUCUUGGCUUACAAAGGUACAACCCUUUGUUGAAAUACUUUGAUUUCACUAGUUGCCUUUAACAUGUGUCCGUAUGGUGAUUAUUACUUGGAAGGAUGUGAACAGAGCAAUCUGGGACCAGUGUGCUUUGUUACCACAUCUGCACUUUGAAUCUAUCUUCGUACUUGACAGUGCAAGUAUGAAUCUGGUUGGCCUUUAAGUCAACAAAGAAUACUAAGCAGAGAUAGAGGAAGGAAAGGCAAAAUUUAUGUAAGAUUUUUGUUCAACUUGUGUGAGAGCAAACUUGGAUACAUUCCAGGCAAAUUUGGUGGCAUGUAGAGUGGAAAUGCUCAUGUUGAAGGUUUAAUCGUACAACUAGUCAUGCCAAACCUUUUCCUGAAGUGCAAUUGUAUGGACACAAGUCAUAAUUGUUGUCUGGAACGUGAGGAAGCAAACUCAUGUUCUUCGGGCAUCCUGCAAUGUGAAGCCACUGUUAUGUAAGCCAUAUCUUUCAGAAGAAAUGAAAGACAACGAAGGGGAAAAUUUGGCAAUGUAGAUUGGUUGGUGUAGAUGGCACCAAUAUUAUACAGCUUUGCUGAAGAUAACAUUUUUUGAAGGCGAGAAAGACCUAUGUUUCAUUGAUGAAAGAAGGAAAAAAACUUGGGUACUAGGUG